GCGCUCUAUUCUCGAGAAUGUCGUGAGUGUGGUUGACGUGAAAACUGGCAGCCAUCAGGGAAAAUAUCUAUCUCGUCAAGGACCUCUUCGUUCGCUCUCUUUAUCUACUUGGACCAACCACCGAUCGCAUCCUGCUUCAUUUGUUACAACUAUAUUAGAGUAUAAUUCCCUCUUCUCUCCCUUUCUUCUCUCUCUCUCUCUCUUCUCUCUCUGACUCUUUCGCUAUGCCGCACUGUUUUCUACUUCUCUCGAUAGCGGUUGCUACCCAGGCGGCGCAAUAUUUAUCACCUACAAUUCAGGACGACCGUCUCUGGGAUACGAGUCUCCAAGUUGUCUUAGACAGUUUAAACAAAUUGAAUGACGUGGUUGAUUCCUACGUUGAUUACGUAGAUAAUUUUCGAUUACCUGAUGAUUUUGAUAAGGCCAAAGAGAUACCAAUAGAUCUACCGGCUGAUUACGAAGCUGAUACAUUUAAUCCUAAUCCAAGUAUUCGCGAUCAAGAAUACCUGCAACAUAGUACUCUUUGGAGUCAUCAGCACGCCAAUGAUUAUUACAGAGGUAACGAUAGACACAGGAUACAGGCUGCUGGUAUAAAAGGUGGAAAAGAUGAAAAAACUGAAAAUGCAUUACCUGCAUAUUGCACACCACCGAAUCCUUGCCCAAUAGGAUACACUAGUGAGAACAACUGUCUUACCGAGUUUGAGAAUACGGCGACGUUUAGUCGUCAUUAUCAAAGCUUACAAGAUUGCAUGUGCGAUACCGAACACAUGGCAGAUUGUCCAUCUAAUUCUAAUGGGCUUCCUGGUAUGCGUAUUUCCAAUUCCGAUUUUGCUCAAAUCGUCGAAGAAUUUCGGGAAGAGAAUCCUUUCUUCCAAGGAGAAAAAUUACCAAUAGCUGCCAAGAAAGGUAUAAAUGUGGUUUACUAAAAACCCAAUAAAAUAUAUGAAAAUAUUAUUUAUCGAGUAUCUACAUUCAAAUUGAAUAACUCUAUGUACUACGCUCGAUGGAAAAAUAUUAUAUAUACGUAUUAAAUUAAAAAAACUAUAAUAUAUACUUAUGUCGAAAAGAGAGAAAUGGGGGAGAGAGAGAGAGAGAGAGAGAGAGAGAAAGUUAUGCGAUUAAGUUAUUGAUUUGAUCUGCAUAGAUUAUUACAAUUUUGUUUUAAAUAUAUGUGUGCAUUAAAACGACCACAUGAAAAAAUACUAUUAUCAAAUCGAACAAUUUAUCGAUGUACAAAAUGUGUAAAGUAUAUAUAUAUAUUGAUAUAUGUAUGUAUGCAUAAAUAGGGUGUUGUAUUGGGUCGAAGGGUUUUACAUGUAAAAAAAAAAAGAAACAUUUUUUCGUUUCAGACGAUUCGUUCUAUAAAUUUUAUUAUCACAUU